AUAAACACCUGCUGGGUUCUGCUGCUUAGGCGGUAUUUCCACCUGUUCCGCUUUAGUUUCAAAAUGUCGAGAUCAAAUAAGAAAACUAAACGUUUAUGGGAAACUCGUAAUUUGCGAGUCUUGGUAGACAUGGAUUGUGUAUUAGCGGAUUUCGAAGGCUCUCUAUUGAAAAAAUGGAAAGAGCGGUAUCCAAAUGAACCGCACAUCGCACUAGAAGAGAGAAGAGGGUUUUAUGUUACUAAACAGUAUGGAGAUAUACGCGAAGAUCUGAAGAGUAAAAUUAUAGAAGUUCUUUCUAGUGAAGGGUUUUUCCGUGAACUACCUCCUAUAGAAGGUGCUAUAGAUGCCAUAAAAGAAAUAUCUUCCAUGGAAGGAGUGGAAGUAUUCAUAUGCACCGCACCGUUAAAAGAAUACCAGCAUUGUGCGGUUGAAAAGUAUGAGUGGAUUGAAAAAUACUUUGGAAGAGACUGGCUAGCGCGGGUCAUAUUAACAAGGGACAAAACCGUCAUCAGUGCAGAUUUGUUGAUUGAUGAUAGGACUGAUAUAACAGGUGCUGAGAAGAAUCCAAGCUGGAGACAGGUGGUAUUUACAGCUUGCCAUAACAAACAUACUCCCUCUAACCUCCUGCCAAAACAUUCAGUGAGGUUGGAAAGCUGGUUAGAUUCUGACACUUGGAAACAAAUUAUUGAGGAUGCUAAGAAAAAACUCUAGCAGCAUAUGUAGUCAGAAAGUUUUCAUUUAUGAUAGAUCCCUCAGUCUUGAUGAUGACUUAUUAGUCCCUCUUGCCCCCUCCCCCUGGGGUGGGUUUGAGCAUUUGGAUCUGGUGUUGACUCUCUCACUUACGUUUUCCUUUACAUCUUUCUUGUAUUCAUCUAGUCUUGUUUCUAAUUUUCUUCCCGUCUCUCCAAAAUAAACUGUCACAGCUCCCACACCUGAUUUCAUAUACUAUUCCACACUUCUUGUUGUCUUCUAUCUUAUCUUUUGGAUGUACAAGAAAGUUUCUGAGUUUUGUGUGUGGUUUGAAUGACACUCCGAUGUUUUCCUUCCUCAUUGCAUUCAUGAUUUUCUCUGAUAUUCCUUUCACGUAUGGGAUUGUAACUUGUCCUUUGGAUUUUUCCACUUUCUGGUCUUUCUUAUUUUUGGAUAUCUUAUUUCCUGAUCUUUUCAUUUCCAUUUGAUGUUUCACCUUCUUUAUUGUCCAUUUAGGGUACUUACAUUGUUUCAAUGCCUCUUUUAUAAUGUUUUCUUCUUCCAUUCUGUCCUCUGGUUCAGUCACUAGUUUGUAACAGCGAUCUAACAAUGUUCUUACCACUGCCAAUUUGUGUACUACUGGAUGGUGGGAUGUGAAAUCCAGAUACUGGUUGAUGUGAGUUUUCUGUACACUUUGGUUUUUAUGGACCCAUCUGCUUUGACUAUAAUGUCUGUAUCCAAGAUUGCUAUGUGGUAGUCCUUGAUUUCUUCAUUGGUGAAUUUUAUGCUAUUCAUCAAGACUGAGGUAAGUACCUGUUCACUUUCACCUGAACAGGUAAUUCAGUUGUGACCAAGUCUGUCAGAGUGAACAGACGAAACAGUCA